AGGAAUAUCCUCAUUUUCGCCGUCACCGCCCUCAACUGGCGCCUCUACACCCCUCUUUACCUGUUUCUCAAGAACCUGACCGUCUUCGACCUCUGCUACAUCUCCGUCACUGUCCCCAAGUCUGUCGUCUUCAUCCUGACUGAUCGUAGAUCCAUCUCCCUCCUGGGCCGUGUCACCCAGGCCUUCCUCCUGGUCAUUUUGGCCACUUCAGAGCUGUUUUUCCUCAUGGUGAUGUCCUACUACCACUACGCUACCAUCUGCCACCCUCUGCGUUAUGAGCUCAUCAUGAAAAACACGGUCUGUGGAAAGAUGGUGGCCGCCUCCUGGCUCAAUCACCUGCUCAAGGACCACGUCGCCUUCGAUGUGAGAGUCACCGGUGAAGUAGCUUUAGGCUUCGUCCACUUCAUCUUCAUCAUCAUCUCUUAUCUACCAACCCACCCCGGCUACCAUGGCAACCACUUGCCAGGCUUUGAUGCUACAACCAUCGGCACGAUGCUGCAGUCACUUGGGGUGUCAGUGUUUCCUGUAUGUCAAAAACGCUUUCAGCGGGAACCGCUGGUAUGGGAGCUGCAGCUAGUCCACGCCGCACUGUUCCUACUGGUCUUCCUGGUGACCCUGCUCUUCCUGGUAGUUCUGUUUCCUGGCUCGGAGCUUUUCGUCCUCACAGCAAUGUCCUAUGACCUCUACGCCGCCACCUGUCUCCCCCUGCGCUACGAGAUCACCUGCUCUGAAGACCACUCCGCCAUCGACGUGAGUGUGACCUUUGGGCUAACCAUAGGUGCUGUAUGCUCCAUUUCGAUUGUCACCUCAUACGUGCGCAUCUUCCAGGGCGUUCUGAGGAUGCUGAACACCAAGGUGUCCUUCACCGUCAUGCCCCCGGCCCUGAACCCUCUCAUUUACAGCUUGAGGAAUAGGGACUUGAAAGCUGCCCUACGGACAGUCUUAAAAAGGAAAUUCCCCCAGACACCUCUAUAA